UCGCCGGCUGAACUUAAGACGAGGCUCUAGCCCGUGACGGAGGAACUAUGCUUUCAUCGCAGCGGCGGCGGCGGCGUUUUCCGACGGUUACUAGAAUCUUGCGAUAGCGUUUCUGAAGGAAUGAUCGGAUCAGCUGUAGUUGGCCUAUUCCAGACUUGAUUUGCCGUCUCACAUCCCGCAAUCAACAAAAAGAUGAUCCUCUCGCAGAAUUUCAGUGUUGCUUCAGUUCAGUGGUACAAUUGUACUGUAAAUAGAGAGAUAAAGUACCCGACUUUGUGUAAGCCCAUUACAGCCUCCUCCUCCUCCCUGUUCACUAAUUCCUCAAACAACGAAAGGAGAAUGUGUGACUUGUUUGAUUUGCAUUCUAAGCUCGUCCCUUAUGAAAAGGCAUGGGCUUGGCAGAAAUCGAUUGUUAGAAACAGAAGAAAACUUGUUGAGGUGAAUGAGGAUUCCUCAGACACUUUGAUAAUUCUGCAACAUGAGCCAGUUUACACGUUGGGGACAGGGAGUUCAGAGGAAUAUUUGAAUUUCGAUAUAAACAAUGCCCCUUUUAAUGUUUAUAGAACUGAACGAGGUGGGGAGGUCACAUACCAUGGACCUGGCCAGCUAGUGAUGUACCCAAUUAUGAAUCUUCGAUAUCACAAUAAGGAUCUUCAUUGGUAUAUGAGGGCACUGGAAGAGGUAGUGAUUCGUGUUCUUAAAUCUACGUUUUGUAUAGAGGCGACAAGAUGUGAAGGUCUGACUGGUGUUUGGGUUGGGAAGAAGAAAGUAGCUGCCAUUGGAAUAAGAGUGGGUCAAUGGAUGACUUAUCACGGGUUGGCGUUGAAUGUGAUGCCGGAUCUGAGUCCAUUUGGAGAUAUAGUUCCAUGUGGGAUUCAUGAUAGAGAGGUUGGAAGCAUCAAAGAGAUAUUAAGGGAAGAAAUGAGGUUUUAUGAUGAAUCAGAUGAGAAGAAGCUUCUUGAUAUGACUUAUAAGUCUUUGGUUAAUGAGUUUUGUGAAGUCUUCCAACUCCAAAUGCUAUCAAAACCCGUGGAUGGGAUAGAGAUGGAGCUCGAUAAUCUAACUCUUUUAAACUGUGACUGAACUUUACAGAAGAAGAUGAUAUAUUGUAUGUGAUCAUGUAUUUGUGAAACAUACCAUUGUAUGUUAAUUUUUUCUGUCAAAUCUCCAUUUAUUUUUUCUCUCAAAAUAUUGAAAGUUAUUGUCA